GAAGGCGGAGUUUGGAGAAGGAAACUUGACCGGUUAGCUGCCGGCCGGCGGCGCCGCGUUCCCCGCCCCCCUCGGGCCGUAGGCGCCGCUCUCCCCAAUUUUGGGGCGGGGGGCGGGGAACAGGCAGGGCGCGGCGCGUUCCGGAGUCCGGCUCGGCGGGCCCCUUGCGGGAGCGCGCCGCGGGCAAAUGUGAACUUGACCGGCCAGGCCGAGGCUAGCGAAGGUGGCGGCGGCGGGCGGGGCGGCGAAGCGGCCGAGGCCCGGGCGGGGGGCUGAGCCCCGCCAGGCCUUCCCCCCGACUCCCCCGACCCGGGGGAGGGGCUCCGUGGAGGGAGCGUCGUUGAGCGAGCUGCAGCUACUGGAGGAACAGCUGAGGAGCGUCCGGGAGGAGCUGUGCCAGUGCCAGGUUGACAAAGAAUUUGUGUGGUCUUUAUGGAAACGCCUCCAUGCAGCAAACCCAGAUCUCACAGAAGCAGUCAGUCUGGUUGUGGAAAGAGAGAAUCAGGAUCACAACAGGAAAUAAAUUCCCUUGUAGAAAAGAAAAUUGCUGUGGAUGAAGAAAAUGUUUUCUUAAAGAAAGAAUUGAGUGACUUACAGAAGAAAUUUAAAGAUCAAAGUCAAGAGCUUAAGAACGCUAAGGAGAGAGUACAGAAGAAGGAAGAGAAAAACAUACUAAUUAUCAAAGAGCGAGAGGAAAAUAAGGAAUUAAGUGUACGCUGCACUGCACUGCUAAAUGAUCUGGAGAACCUGAGGAAGCAGGAAACACGGUAGAAAGAAAAACAUGACAUUGAUUGCAAAAUGAAGACUUUUGCAUCUGAUUUAACUGAAGCAAAGAGACAAACUGAGGAAUCGCGGCUUAAAUGCAAUGAAUUGGCAUCACAAUUGAAUCAAAAGCAAGCUGAAAUAAUACAGAAGGAUGUGGAUAUCACUCUAGUCAAGAAAGAGUUGCAGGAGCUGCAGAAUCUUUACCAACAAAACCAGGAACACACAGCACAGCAGGCAGAGCUGAUCCGGCAACUUCACAUUCUCAAUAUGGAUACACAGAAAGUACUGAGAAAUCAAGAAGAUGCCCACACAGCUGAAAGCACAUCCUAUCAAAAACUUUAUAAUGACCUACAAGUUAAUUUUGAAGCAAAGAAAACAACUGAGUCUCUGCUCCGGAAAAAUAUUAUCUGUCUUAAGGAUCAACUAGUUCAAAAGGACCGGGAUAUCAUGCAACUAAAACAAAAAAUCGAUGAACUUGAAAAAACUUCAUACUUAGUAACUCAUACCCCUUUUCUAAAUAAUAUGGAACAGGAAUUUCAACAGCCAUCCUUAUCUAGUCUAGAAACUUUAAUGGUGUCACAAAAGUCUGAAAUUGAGUUUUUACAGGAGAAAUUGAAAAUAGGAAAUUUUAAACUAUCAGAGAAGAGUUCCUCUACCAGUAUUCACAUAGGAAGCAUCCUCUCAGGAACUGGAAGAAUACAUGAGGAACCACCUGUGAAACGUUCAAGGUCUCUGUCCCCAAAGAGGUGUUUUAAAGACUCGGAGGACCUCAAGAAGCUUAAAGCUGCCGAAAGGAAGAUUGAAAACUUAGAGAAGACACUGCAGCUAAAGAUCCAAGAAAAUGAUGAGCUAAGAGAUGCCCAUGAAAAACGCAAAGAAAGGCUGCAGAUGUUACAGACCAACUACAGAGCAGUAAAAGAGCAAUUAAAACAGUUGGAAGAAAACUAUAGCAAGGCUGACAGAAACAAACAAAUGAGGAGAGGAGAAUCCCAGCAGCUCCGACAAGAAGAGUCUAAUGCUCUAUGGAAUGAGCUGACAUAUUUCAAAAGGGAACACCAGAAGCUAUUGAUUGAAAAUGUGAAUCUUGAAGAAGAGUUGGAUCAACUUAAAGUUUUUAGAUCUGUGGAAGUAGCUAAAAUGCAAGAAGCGAAUGCAUAUCUGGAACAAGAAAGAGAAGAACUACUCUAUAAACUUUGUGAAGAUCAGGACAUCCAGAAUGAUAUUUCAGAGAAGAAGCUGAAACAAAAAUCGGAUGAGACAUUACAGAAGGUAAUGGAUUUGGAAAAACGGUUGAAAGCUUUUGAGAAAAAGUCAAGAAAACUGAAAGAAGCAAAUAAAAAGUUAACUAAGGAAAAUGAUGAAAUGAAAUCUUCCUGUAAACAGCAGCAAGAUAAUGCAGAAACAAAAGAAAAAGAGCUAACACAUCUACAGAAAGAGAAGGAAGAUGUGGAAAGAGACAGAACUAUUCUUGAAUUCAAGAUCAGGGAGCUGGAGGUGGAAGUUAAGGCCCUACGAAAGCAAGUAGUGGAAGUCAAAUGCCUGAAGGAACAAGUGGCAGAAGUCAAUUUUCUGAAGGAAAAAGUGGCAGAAAUUAAUUCUCUGAAGGAAAAAGUGGCAGAAAUUAAUGAAAUGAGAAAAGAAAAUGAAAAGCUGAGGAAUCAGAUGCAAGAAAUGGAGGACACAAAUCAAAUUCAGAAAGCUCAUCGAAUUCAGGAGAUUCAGGGGAUACAAUGUAUGCAAGAGAUGCUGCAGAUACAAGAUGGGCAGCAUAUGAAGGAAAUGCAGUCAGAGCAACCAGGACAGCCAAUUCAGCCACCCCUGCGGCCACCCAAACAGUCUCUAGCACAGUUGCCACCUCAGCUACUAACUCAACUACCGGCACAGCUACCAACACAGCUACCAGCACAGCUACCAGCACAGCUACCAACACAGCUACCAACUCAGCUACCAGUUCGGCUAUCAGCACAGCUACCAACACAGCUACCAGUUCAACUACCAGCUCAGCUACCAACACAGCUACCAGCUCGGCUAUCAGCACAGCUACCAACUCAGCUACCAGUUCAGCUACCAGCACAGCUACCAGUUCAGCUACCAACACAGCUACCAGUUCAGCUACCAGCACAGCUACCAGUUCAGCUACCAACACAGCUACCAACACAGGUAUCAACUCAGCUACCAACACAGGUAUCAACUCAGCUACCAGUACAGCUACCAGCUCAGCCUCUAGUACAGUCACCAGAACUGCUUCCAGCCCAACUCCAGUUACAAGUAGAGCAAGUUCCACUGUACCUGGACAAAGCUAUGCCCAAGGAGCCCACUCUGGAAGUGGUGAGCACUGAACAAUGUAGACAAUGUAAGACAACUACCACCAAGGUUAAAUUUAAAGCAGCCAAGAAAAAAGGUGCCACGGGACGUCCCCAGGCUUUUCUCAAUCAGUCCAUCAAGGUUAUGAGCAAUAUGUUUGAGAACUAUAAGGACGACUGGGAGGAUAUGAGUGAAAGCAGUGAUUCUGAAGAACUGAACUCUCAAAACCUAGGAACAAUCAUUGUGGAAACAUCCCAAAAAGUCAGUCCAAGAGAAGAUGAAGGGAAGCAGACAGAAGAACAAGCAAAAGAUAAAGAAAUUACAUUGGCUAUAGAAGGUGCAAUCAAAAAGGAUAUCAAUAAUAAGGAUUCUAGAAGAUCAUCUUCACAGAAGAAGAAAAUUAGUGCUUUGAGAAGUGCAUAUGCACCAGCUACUAUUAAAGUUAACAAAGAGAAUGAGCACAAUGUAAACUUCGGGAAAUCAGUAUUACGUGAACGAGUUUCAUCCAUGCAGCAGCAAAUCAAUACGCUACAGGAUUUGAAAAAGUCCGCUGAAGCUUGUAAUAAAGAAUUAAAAGAAGCCAAUGAAAAGCUUACACAGCAACAAGAAAUAACUGAUCAAAAACUUCAGACUACCAAACAGACAAUAAAGAAGCUAAAUUCAGACUUGGCUGAACUUCGCAAAGAGAAAGAAGAAUUACAAAAGAAAUUGGAGGCUGCAAAUGAAGCUAAAUCUGCAAUAGAGGAUCCUUCAAAGAAUAUGCAGGCAGAAAUUAAACAACUGCAGUGUAAAUUAAAGAAUGCAACAAAUGAAAUGACUAAACAGUCAUCAAAUAUAAAGUCUCUAAAAUGUGAAGUAAAGGAAAAGGAAGAACAGAUACAGGAAUUUCAAGGAAAAGUAUCUCGAAUGGAGAGGGACUUAGUCAUGAAGAGACAUUUGAUAGAGCACUUUAAGCAUCGACAGAAAGUUAACUUGGAAAAUAAUGACAACUUUAGUGAUUUGUUAGGAAAUCUUGAGAAAAAGGUAAAAACAUUGACAGAAGACUGUACCAAUAAGAAGACAUCAAUUGAUGCACUCAAGCAAAUGCUUAAUGUAGUUACAAAAGAGAAGUCACAUUAUGAACAGAUGUAUAUAAAAGCUAGAGAUGAGCUGGAAAGAAAGGAGCACAGACUUGCUCACCUGUUAAGUAAAAUGAAUGAGACAAAAUCUGCUAUGACAGAGCUUGAAGCAACUGCUUCCGAGCAGCUCCAUGGAUUAGCUUUGCAAAGUGAACGGGCUUUUGAAAUAGUACAAAUAAAACUAAUGCGAGCCAACGACCGAGAGGAAGAAUUCAUCACAUUUGUGAAGGCUUUAGUUAAAGAAAUACAAUGUAAUGUCCAAGAAAUGAGGUUGCGAAUAAGACAUAUUAAAAAAAUAGAGCACAAUAAGACUCUUACCAAAACUGCAACCCAAAAAGUCCAGCAUUUGGCAGCUUCUAUCCUAAACAUUUCACCAACUGAUGUGGAAGAAAUGUUAGACUCAGAGGAUGAAGAGGAAUUGAAAAAAGCAAGGAGGGCCUAUGAACAAGAUAAAGAAUGGCUAACAUAUAUUAAUAAAAUUCUUGAAGGACAGUUUCCAUUUGCUGCGUGUUUAUUAGAAGCAAUAAGGGAAAAAAUAAAUGAGAAGAAAAAACUAGUUGAAGACUAUAUUAAAUUUAUGAAAGCUCUUGGAUAAUAUUGCAAUGGACUGUUUUUCAAAAUACAUAAAGUUUUUUUUAAACAUGAAUUGUAAUCUGAUACAGUAACUAUUCCAACUAUCAAUAGGUUCAAUACAAAAAAAGAGGCAUCUGUGCAACUAAUUAAUUGUCAAACAAGUGAAAUUAAUUAGGUGCAUAUCCAUUUAAAAGGAAAUAGUGUAGCAUUUGAUUGUUGAAUACAAAUAUUGCCACAAAUCAAUGCAAACUUAAAAAUGAUUUUCCUUCCAGUGCAUUAGAAAUCUGAACAAGCUAAGAACAUACCAAUUGACUUAAGUAUACAGAAGAACCAGCAGAUACUCAGGAUCUAUAAUGUUGAGGUUUUAGGAAGAAAAAAUACUGAUUUUUUUUUUCUUAAGAAGGUUGCAAGGUAUAUUGUCUUUCAUAGAAGUUAGUGGAUAAUUUGCUUUGUAAACAAAUACAAAAUGAAGCAUCAUAAGUUAAGGAUAAGCUGUUAAUAAAGUAAUAAAUUGUAUAGUCCAAUUGUAUUUGUUCUCAUUGAAUCAUGUAGGAAGUACUUUAUUCUAGAAAUAUAUUGCAAAAAUAAAAAUAUUGUUUUCUUUUUUUGCCAAAAUGUUGUGUGGUCAUAUAAAUUAUCAUGGGACCACAGGCCCAGAAUAUCAAAGGCCCACAAAAAGCAAGUUGUGAACAAAUAAGUAUUUUAAAGAAAAAUAAAAUUUCAAUCCCUAGUAGUAAUAAUAUUAAUAAUGAAGUAAUAUGCUUAUUGAAGUAACAAAACUCAGUCACAAAAGAAUUAUCAUGUUUCUCAUGUUGGAAGGGUGGUAAAAUAGCUCUGAGACUAAGCCCCACUAGAGCCUAACCUUCAGCUAAAUUUUUACUACUGCUGUUCCCUUGAGAACACUACAGUUGUCUUUCCCCCUCUUUGUUAUGAGACUGUUACAAAAAUAAAAUGAGAUUAGCAAUGUCCAUCUAUUUUGAAAACUUAAAAGAAUGAUGCAACUACAAAAUACUUAUUAUUUGGAGGGAAACAUAGACAAGCUCUGUAGCUACAGGAUGCCAAGGUGCCUUGUGUGUAUGUAUAUUUAACAAGAUAGAUAUAAAAGACAUGAAAUGAAUAUAAACUGACAAUGAAAAUGAGAUAGAUACAGACCUCCUCCAUUAGACUAUGAGUUCCUUGAGAGGGACUAUCUUUUCUUUUUUCUCUUUCAGUGUUUAGCACAGUGUCUAGCACAUAAUAGACAUUCAAUAAAGGCU